AUGUCCGUGGCAGAAGGAGCCACCGCGGCCGCGAUAGCAGAGGGAACGCCUAUCGAUGGUGCAGAGAUUAACAGUCUGGCAGGUGACAAGCAUAAGGACGGCGCGCUGGACGCUGCAGAGAAGGAGGCCCUGAAGAAUGACGUGUUGUUGGUCGAUGUGCCAGGCAAACGUGCGGAUGAGGCACCUGCACUGGAAAUCAAUGGUGGAGAGCAUGCUAACGGGGCCAACGCGGUAUGGGUGGAGGCGGUCUAA